UAAUCUUAUUCUGGAAAAGAAAACAUUGUAAUCUUAAUCUGAAUUCAAUAAGUCAAGCCGCACAACUGGGAUUCAUCAGUGCCUCUCUAGCAGCGAGAAUGGAAAGAACUGGACAAAAGCUGAUCUGCAUUGCCAUUGUUAUGCUUUGUGCUUUUUCACCGGCGCACCCAGCAUCAUCAUCAUUACAAUGUGGCAACUAUUACUAUUCCCAGCAAUGCAUAAUCAAUGGUGUAACAAUCGACUCGGAAGAGUCAGACUUUCCUAAAUUUCCUGUUCAUGCUGAUAUUAAUCUUCAAGACGCACACAUUGACUAUCUUUCUCCAGAGGUUUUGCAGGGAAUGAAGUGGGUUAGCCAACUAACCAUCACGAAUGGAGAGGUUUCUAAGAUAUUCCUGAAGAACGAUCUGCAGGAGUUGGUAGCCACAGGCAGUCGGACAGAUGAAUUAAUUAUCGAUGAUGUUGUAAAUGAAGAUUUGGAGCGAUUAACAAUCACCCAAAACCGACUGAAAAAAAUUCCUGAAAACGUUGGAAAUCUAAAAGCUUUAACCGUUCUUACUUUGAACAACAACAAUAUCGAAGUGUUGGAUCUUUACGAGCUUCAUGGAUUGAAAAAGCUUACAACAAUCGAUUUAUCGCAAAAUAGGAUUUACUAUCUUAUCCCUGUUGAUUUAUUCGAGUUGUCUCGCCUUGAGACGUUCAAACUGGACAACAAUUUUUUGACGGAAAUUGAUUUUAAUGCAUGGAACGUGCCGCGCCUGGCAACAUUGAGCAUCAUGUCAAACAGUUUGAAGUACAUUAAAGAUUUCGAAGAAGAGCGUUUUCCAUCCCUUAACACGUACCAAGAUCAGGACAAUUUAUUCGAUUGUCGCUGGCGAGCUGGUUUUAUCUCAACGUUAAAAACAUGGACCAAUCUUCACAACCGAGAAUACUUUCAAACUGACUGCCACAAAAGCGUCCAGCUAAGCUCAGCCGUCUACCGCAUGCUCAACCUCAACGACAUCCGCAACAAUACCAUCGACUUCGAUGACAAAGAAGAGCUGCAAAACCAACUCAACAGUAUGCUGGACACCGAGAAAAAACACUCGCGGCUUAUUGAAUCGCUGACCCAGCUGGUGAAGAAACAAACCGAACAGUUCGAAACGAUGUCCGGAAAGCUUCAGGCUCAACAGACGACCAUCGAUGGGCUUUUGGCGCAAAUCGAAAACUUACAGCAACGUAUGGCGGAAAUGAAACAGCUGAUGCCACCGGCCGGACGAGCCGUUCCCAAAGGAUUACGGGAAAGGAUGAUUCAAGAUAUUGCGGAGGUGAUUCGCAGGAAUUUAGUCGAAAUUGAAGAUUGAGGCUUGGAAGCGGUAUGAUAAGUAUUUCUAAUAAAAGCGAUGCAAGUUUA